AUGGCACCACCUGGCGGAGACAGCGAAACUCUGAUGCAGCAAAUUGUCCGGCAGAACCAGCAGAUGGCAGAGCAAAACGCGCGGUUGAUGGUCUUGCUGGAGCGAUUCGGCAUUCAAGAAGGCUCCGGAUCCGGCCGAUCUUCAAGCAACCCGGAGUUCAUCAUUGAAUCUCUGGCAUCGAACAUUCACGAGUUCUCCUACGACCCGGACAAUGGCCAAGUUUUCGACCGGUGGUAUCGCAAGUACGAGGAUCUCUUCCUGAAGGACGGUGCGAAAUUGGACGAUGCAGCGAAGGUACGUUUGCUCCUGAGAAGCCUCAGUGUCAACGUUUUCGACCGUUACGUCAAUUUCGUGCUUCCGAAACAUCCCCGUGAGUUCACCUUCGAGGAAACUGUCAAGAAACUCAAGGAAUUGUUCAGCAUCCGGAUUUCGCUCUUCAGCAAACGGUAUCAAUGCUUCCAGCUGACGAAGAACGAUGCGGACGAUUAUGUGACUUACGCGGGAAAAGUUAACAAGGCCUGUGAAGAUUUUGAACUGAACAAGCUAACUCCAGACCAGUUCAAGAGCUUGGUUUUCAUUUGCGGACUUCGCUCAACGAAGGACGCGGACAUCCGGACGCGGCUACUCUCGAAGCUUGAAACGAACGCCGACGAAGAUUGCAAACUCGAAUCGCUCAUCACGGAAUGUCAACGUCUUCAAAAUCUCAAGCAUGAUACCGCUAUGGUGGAAAAGAAGCAUACUUAG